UUUGGCACAAAAAAACCGACAGAGACUAUGUAGAGCAGCGCAGCGAAAACGGGUUGGGUAUUGGGUCCAUUGGAAUAGCGAAAUUGCGUGGUUGGGUUACAGUCCUAAAAGAGAUGAGAUAGAAACAUUGACAACACAACACAACACAACACUGUGUACUUAUCCUAGUACCAUCAUGGAGGAUGCUACUGCCACCGCUAAUGUGUUGGACACCAAAGACGGAACUAUUUCUGUUGCUUCAGCAUUCCCUGGUCAUCAAGAAGCUGUACAGGAUAGAGACCACAAGUUCCUAACAAAAGCAGUUGAAGAAGCGUAUAAGGGGGUUGAAUGUGGUGAUGGUGGCCCAUUUGGAGCAGUUGUUGUUCGAAAUGAUGAAGUAGUUGUAAGCUGUCAUAACAUGGUUUUAAGAAACACUGAUCCCACUGCCCAUGCUGAGGUUACUGCUAUAAGAGAGGCUUGUCAAAAGCUGAAUCAAAUUGAACUUGCUGACUGUGAAAUCUAUGCUUCUUGCGAGCCUUGUCCAAUGUGCUUUGGUGCUAUUCAUCUUUCAAGAAUUAAGAGACUGGUUUACGGAGCUAAAGCAGAAGCUGCAAUAGCAAUUGGUUUCGAUGAUUUCAUAGCCGAUGCACUGAGGGGCACUGGUUUUUAUCAGAAAGCCCAGCUAGAGAUAAAAAAGGCUGAUGGCAGCGGUGCUGUUAUCGCAGAACAAGUAUUUGAGAAGACAAAAGCCAAGUUUCCUAUGUAUUGAUUUGCUUCGAUAGUCUUGUUAUAGUUAACACAAUAUACAAUUGGUCAGGAAAAUUUCAAUUUCUUGCUAUAACUACAUUCAUGAAUUCAAUAAAUGCACUAUUUACGUACUCC